AUGGCAGCGCAAGCCGACAUGCAAGUCGACCUCGGCGUCGACGAUCUUUUUGGCGACGAUGCUAUGAACCUGCAAACCCGCCCCAGCAAGCGUCUCUUGCAGAGAAUCAACGAGCUCCGAACUCGCGGGGCCUGCCAGUCUCUGGCAUGGUCCAAAACAGGCAUCAUUGCAACCGUGGCACCUGAUGGUCGAUCUAUUGAGCUUAGAUACUUGCGUGCCCAUCCAAAAGAUGCUUCCUGGGGGCUGAGUGAGCCGACAACAUUCGUACCUGAAGGCAGCUUGCUUGGAGGCCCAAUCGUGCAUCUUGCUUGGUCACCAACUCAAACCUCCGACCUUGCCAUAAUCGACGCCGUGGGCAGAGUCCUGAUUGUCAACUUCAGCGCAAACGUCAACCGGCCGACAACCCAGAGAAAAUGGGACGAUGAUCCAACAGAUGAUCUUAAUGCAGUCGUCGGAACAUUCUGGCUUAACCUUUUGCCCACGCAUCGAAACCAGGCGAACCCUCUACAUGCUCCUGCGUAUAAAGAAGGAAAUAGUAACAGCUACACCUUUGAUACGUCUCUGCAAGUCAGCAAUGCUCCAUACCACCCCAAUCCAACCAGGUCAGCUCUGGUUUAUGUCACCACGAAUGGCUUAUUGAAGAUGUUUUGGUCUCAAAACAACAACAAGAUCCAGGAGACGUCAUUUGAAUUAGACAAUAUUACUUCGUCUAAUGAUCUGGUGACUCAUGCAGCCAUUGCCCCUGACACCAAAGCCAAAUGCAUGUGGGUUGCAUUCGCAACGUCAUCUAAGCAACUCCAUCUGGCUCAAUGCCAGCUCAGCUGGGGGCUCUCACAGGAAACAAUGAAGGGCGCGAUGGCCGCAGGCCAAUCGCUGAAUCCAUCAUUUGCGGGAAAACAUGUUGCCAUUACUAGCUGGCUGCCAGGCAACACGACCGAACCUCCGUCAGAGUCGCUGGCAAACCAGCUUUCACUCCUCGAAUUUGUGCCCGGUACUUUUGAUCAGACGACCAAAUCAUGGCUUUGGCCAGUCAUCCUCGCUGUACGCUCAUUCGUACCAACCGCCGAUACUCCAUACAAUCAAGAAGCGCAAAGCAUAAUCGACAGAUGGGAAGUCACGUCCGACCAGCCUCAGACUUUGCACCCUGCUUUUGAGAACUUGGGCUCGAGAAGAAACAGUGUCGGUGCUGCACCAGCCCCUGCUUUCAGGCUCAAAAAGCUCGAGCCCGUUGUCGUCAACAAGAUUGCCGUCGGCAUCAGUCUCGUUCGCUUGAACACGGCGAUAUGUGUGACUUACAGUGACGGGACCGUCGAGUAUCGAGAUCGAACGACCCUGAACCCAUUGUGGACAGAGGUGAACCUCGACCGUAUCAAUUCCAUCCAUGAGGCCGGCUUUACGCAGAAUGGAGAACAAUCAUGUCUCCAAGCAGCAGUAUCUGCCACAUUGGCGUCUGUAGUGCAGCUUUGCGAGGACAACACUGUCAAAUGGCAUACCGUCGCGUACACGCUGACGGAUCUGGCUUCUAUGAACGACUCACAAUACCAGGCGGUAGUGGCAGCACUCACCAUUUCCAUUGGCCAGGCAGCUGCCUCGAACGGCAAUAUCGACGACGUCCUUGCAGUCGCAAGACAGUUCCUUGGCAAGACACGAUUUCCUUGCGAUCUCAUUAGUGAAAUGGUCCGAAUGAUGCGCGUUCCAAUCGACUAUUCCGAAGAGCCACAUCACGACACUCUUGUCCGCAAUCAGUUACUUCAGCUGUGUCUGAGUGUGCUCAACCACCUUGGAUGGAAUGGCGAGUUCCAAGAGCGAAGCUUUCGCAGCAAGAUGGCCAUGUUUGCCCUGAACUUGCGCAACAUUGUCAUCCUGAUCACGAUUGCCAAUAAUGCCCCCGGUCAUAUGAAGAACACGACGCCUCUAGACGAGCCUGAGGUUGUCGAUGCUCUUGCCGGAUGCUGCAAAUGGUCCAUUGAUCUUUUGUGCUGGAUCGUGGACUCGCUCUUCUGCCUUCUCAACGACCAAAAGUUCCAGGACCACUUCACGACUCCAGCCAAGUACUCGGAGAUGACCCCAUACCUCCUCGCAAAGAAGAACAUAGCUCUGCACAUGAUUCUCUCAUCUUCCAUCCGUGGACUACUCUCAGCAGUGUGCCGACGGAUACAGCACCUCCAGUUCAUCUCCCACAAAACAAUCAACUACUACGAGACUAUGGACACCAAUACCACCAACCCCCCACCUGCUGCUCUUCAGGUGGCCUACCAAAAAAUGCUACGCUACACAAGCAACCCACUUGUCAAUGUCUCAAAGUUCGAUGAGCUUUUAACCACCAUUGGCACGGACAUUAAACAACAAUACACGCAACAAUUUGCUCAAUUCAGUCAUCGUGCAAUGGAAGCUGCCAAGAAGACGCAGCCCAAUCCUCCCAAGUCCAUCGGAGAUGAUGCAAUCAAGCGCGCGCAGCUUCACUGCGAAAUGACCAUGCUGCUCGGCAAUGCGCCGCCUCUCCCGUUGCUCACGGUUCUGAAGAAAUUCUUUCAGACCGACCUGCCGCAGUUCCGCGCUUUUUGUCAGCCAUCCGAGCUCUUCUUUGCUAAUUACAAUCUUCUCGAGGUUGACGAUGACGAAGUAGUCUUGGCUGCGCGCCGCGAACGCGGCGCAAGGGUCGACCUUUUCAAGCGAGUCGAAAUCUUUCGCGGCAAGAAGUUGACAAAUAGUUCCGGGGAGGAGGUGGCUGUGGAUUGGCGCAGAUGCUCUCGCUGCGCGAGUGUAAUGGAGGAUGUCAUACCCUUUGUCAUGGCCAAGCCGGGUAUUGCAUUUGUGCUCAGCCAGCAGAGAUUCUGCGCUUGUGGUGGAAAGUUGGCCAUUCUCAAAAAGAAUGAGUUGGUUGGAUAG